AUGUACGCGCUGGCGGUGGUGGCGGAGCCCGCCCGCACUCCCGAAAACGGUAAAUGGCUCACGUCAGCGGACGAUCCGCCGUCCGCGGCCAUAACCUGGCGCUGGAGUGACGGCAGAAUACCGUGCCGGAGCCGAUGCAGAGGGGAGAGGUUCGUGGCUGUGGACUGGGGGGAGAUGACGGUGGUGUCAUGCUACUUCCCCCCAAGCCUCAGCUAUGCGGAAUUUGCCCGGGAUAUGGACAAUAUGGACAGAGGACUUCGGGAGGUGCUGCGUAGGGGCCACCCAACAAUUAUCGCAGGCGAUUUUAACGCCAGAGCACAAGCCUGGGACCUGGGACGUCCGAAUAGGAGAGGCGACUUCCUCAUGGGCUGGAUGGGGCUGAGGGGACUCCACCUCAUCAACGUAAGGGGAGAACCUACAUGCGUGCAUCCGCGCGGUACUUCGUCCGUGGACGUGGCAUUGGCGACAUCAGCGGCGGCCAGGAAAAUUACUGGCUGGAGGGUCGCGACAGAGUUGGAAUCCUUGUCGGACCACAGGUAUAUUCUAAUGGACAUAGGAUCAGCGCUCAUAGGUACGAUAACGGGCGGAGCGGCGCUGAGAAUAUUUCCUAGAUGGGUCACCCGGAAUAUCAAUAGGGACUUGAUGGAAGCGGCUGCGAUUUUUCACACAUGGGAAGGGGGUCGGGAUAGCGUCAUCCGAGAUGCGAGAAGGCUGGACGAGAUCCUACGAGACAUCUCGGACGUCGCAAUGGCGAGAAAGGGCCCGACGAAGCGCCCAUCAGUGUACUGGUGGAACGAGGAAAUCGCGGAGCUCCGCCGAGUAUGCAACGCAAGAAGAAGGAAGCUCACCAGGGCUAGGUCAAGGCCCCAUCCGGAGGACGCCAGGCCACUAUGGGAUGGCCUUAGGGAAGCGAGAAGAAACCUAAGAAGAGCCAUCAACAGCUCAAAGGCUAAACUGUGGAAAGAACUGGUGGACGACCUCGACAGAGACCCAUGGGGCACACCCUACAGGCUGGUCACCAAAAAGCUAGUGGCAAGUGGGGCUACCAUCGUCGAAACGAUACCGCCGGACAUCGCGGACAACAUAGUCGCGUCGCUGUUCCCGACCGGAGAUACAUCCCGGAAUGGCGAGGAGACGUUGGAGUGGCUGGACGAAUACAAGGUGACGCACGAAGAGGUACUGGAGGCCAGUGCCAAUAUUAAGAACGGCAAAGCCCCCGGACCGGAUGGCAUCCCGGGGCAGACCAAAUUUUUCACCAAGUUGCAAAUACUGAAGAACGUCAAAAUUGCUCAAGUUGACAAACCAUUUGUCAUGCAAUGUAUCGAGAGCAGAUUCCUGACUAAA